AUGCUUCAAACAUCAACAAGUAAUAAACAAAUACAAAACAUCAAGAUGCAACAGGCAAAAGCAAAGACACAGGAAUACCAUCAUUGUCCGUGGACUCAAGUGUAUCAAGAACAUGUCAUCGUCGCAUGGGGAAGGGAAAGGGUUUGUUGUCUAGGCUCAGCAGAGUGUGUGACACGCCAGUUCUUUGAAGCCGAAGCCACAAGAAAAAGCAUAUGUCAUGCAUCUCUUUCAAUCAUCAUAGCCAAGUAUACCGAUAUAUAUCGGUAUAUGCCAGUGGGCAAGGGGAAGAGAAAACACCCUAAGCAACGCAAGGAAGCUGGGAAACAAUCUCUUGUCUGGCUAAAAGAUGGUGGCAAAGCAAGAGGGACUCCAAGAGGAGGAAGGGAGAGGGUGAAGCCUGGGAAAAUUGGUGAUGGCAAGGGAAUAUCAACCAAGCUGAUGUGGCCGCUAUCAAGAGCGAGCAUGAGAGAGAGAGAAAAGGAGAAAAGGAAGAAGAAGAAGAGAAGAAGAGGGUGA